UGCAACAAUAGAGUUUUAAUCUCAUGAUAGGGAGAACUUAUUAAGCUUCAGUAAGUGGUAGAUUGAACAUAGUAGCGGACGGAAAACAGCCUCUUGGACAAAGGCCCUACAAUGACAAGAGAUCUCAAGUUGUCGUAUUCUACUCAAGAAUCAAGAUUUACGUAGAUGAAAACUGAUGCUUAGAAAUUUAGAGCAAUCCAAUAUUACCAAAUGAAAAAUGACUAAGAAGAGGGAUAAUUUAAAUGCUAGCCCCAAAUAAGACUAAAAGACAUUUAGAAAGAAAAUGUUAUCAAGAAACAGUACGAUAGAUGCGGAAACUCAUGACUUCAUCUGAAUAAGCUUAAGAAGUGCAUUACUUGGAAUAACAUUAAAUAGUUGAAAAUAAUAGAUUAAUCGAAGAGAUGUGCAAUAUUCAAAGAAAUAGAAUAAGAUGUGAAGCCUCAGAACAAAUAAGCGAGUAGAAUAGCAUUAAUGUACCAUCAAUGAUUUUGCUGCCUUUGAAAGAAUAGCUUUCAAGGAAGUUUCUCUUUUCUGCAUCAAGUUUACAAACUUUGACCUGGGUAACCGUUUUGCAGCUUCCAAGAGUAGCCCACAAUGUAAAAGAACCAUAGAGGUAGCUUGUGCAUGAUACACAAGCAGAUAAUAACCUUAUGGAGUGUGGAUUAAUAGAUUGAUAUGUUAAAAAGUACCUCGAUUGAGUUCAGCAUCAUGCUGGUCCCUUUUGUCUGCUGAGGAUCUCAUUAUAAUUACAGCAUCAGGUAAUUCUGUUGCCUCUAUUUCAUUGUUAACAAUACAUAUUACCUUAGGACAAAGCUGAGAAAGAAGCUCCAAUUCCACGAUGCCAGGGCGAAAGCCAAUUUUAUGGAGUCGGUCAAGUGGUUCCUCCAGUGCGCAUAUGCUAAUCCUUUUCUUACACAGCUCAAGACAUGCUGAGUAAAUAUUCACAAAUGAAAAUGCACUCAUAAUGUCCUUCAGCCACAAUGGGCAGAAGCACAACAUAUUAUUAUUACAAGAAUCUAAUUCACUGAAGGGGGAAGCACUAGAUUCCCGCAUCACACAAUACCCUGUAGCUGGGUCACAUAAACAGCUUGAGCUAUUUAUAAACUGAAGAAACUUUUCGACCAUCUUUUCAUCAAUCAGGUCACCACCGCAGCCCUGCAAUAUGCUCAACACAAUAUCGUACGAAUUCCUUUUUUCUUUGUCAUUAUUCGAGUCUUUCUUCCUAUUCAUUGCCCUGGAAGAGGCUGUUGCCAUGCCACCCAUGGCCGUGAAUCCAGCUUCUGGUUUAUUCUGAUCAUUAGAAGUGUCUUGAUAAGAAGACAUGCCAUUUCCAUUUUUCCUACCCUUAGUCACAAAAGGGACAAGAACCAAAAACUCUCCAACCCCAAUAACAUAACUACUAAUCUGACUCUUCAAGUUCAGUUUUCUACCCUGCAACCAGCCAAAAAACAAUCAGCAAGUAAACAAACAGACUCAACAGAAACAAAACCAGAGCUAAGAUAGAAUGAACUCGUAUAAACUGUACGAGGCACGAAAUGAAGAAAAGUGCAUUCAUCUCUCAACAAACACGCAAUUCACACUCUGGCGAUGUAAUAACUGCUGGGGAUGAACAAUUCACAGAAUGCAGAGCGCAAACGAGUAAAUGGGAUUUGAGAAAUCAAUCGCGCCUUGAGGAAAAGGUGGAAAUUAGGGGAUGAGGAAGCCGGAGGAAAGGUGUGCUUGAGGAGGAGCUUGAGGUCCUCGACGGUCUUGUUUGCUCCAAUCAAGGCUCGUAUUGUUUCGCCGGUCAAGCUUCGGACUUCAAUUUCCCGCUCGUUCACGCCGCCGUCCAUUUUGAAGAGAAAAGCUUCGUCCCGCAGGCCCCGAUGCCGGCGACGGCUCGCUCAAACACUCUGAGUCGAGCUCGAUAUAAAUUCUCAGUCCACUCUCCGUUUCCCGUAAAUCCCCAAACGCCGAUGGAUUUCUGGCAGAGGGCCCGCAGCUUCGCCGAGGAAGCCGCCAGGAAGUCGCAGGAGCUCACUCAGGGAAUCGCCGCCGCGAACCUCGCCGGCGUCGUCUCGGAGGCCUCCAAGCGGUCCAAGGAGCUGGCGGCCGAGGCCUCCAAGAAGUCUAAAGAGCUCGCCGCGGAGGCUCUCCGGCGCGCCGAUCAGAUCACGGCCCACAUCCCUCCGCCCGCCGCCGCUCUGUCCGGUUUCGUCGAACCGUCCGCCGUCGUGGACGGCGGCGUCGGGACCGCCGAUCUGGAGAAGUACGGGGUGACUGAUGAGCUGAGGGAGUUUGUGAAGGAGAUCGCUAUGGACACGUUCCGGGAUUUGCCGCUUGCAGACGAUUCAGAGAUGUCUGAUGUUCCUACGGUUUCAAACGUGCGACAGGAUCUCACGGAGUGGCAAGAAAGGCAUGCAAAACUCGUUCUCUUAAAUGUGAAGGAAAUCUCAAAGCUAAGGUAUCAAUUAUGUCCACGAGUGAUGAAAGAGCGGAAGUUCUGGAGGAUCUACUUCAUUUUGGUUAACAGUCAUGUGGCACCAUAUGAACACUGUUACAAUGAACAUCUAAAGCUCAAAGCUGCUGAAAUCGUAAAAGAUAUUGAGGUGAAGGAAGUUUCAUCAGGUGCAACUCCUUCAAAAACAGCAGAUGAGGGUUCAAAACAAAGAAGCAGUGCUUUAAAGUCACCGGUUUCUGAGCAGGACUUGGAUGUAUUUCUUCUGGGAGAUAUGGAGGAUGGUGAUGAUGGUCCAGAUGAUGGCGAUGAUGGCUUUGAUGAUGAUUUUGAUAAAAUAUAGCUUGGAUGAUGGCAAAUAAUGACAACCAGAAGUUAUAUUAAAGUCGUGUACAAGUCAGCUCUAUUUAUGUUUGUGAUAUUAUCAGUUAAUUCAAUUUCCUAUAGAAGCUAUAUUUGUUACUGUUCCUUAUGUUACCUUCUGUACCAAUUUUUAAGCUAGCAAAUGAUAGAUCAUGACAACCUUUGAUAUGUUGUGUUAUACCGACUUAUUUGGUCAAGAUAUAAAGAGUUGGUCCUGUUUCUUUGUUUAACUUGUAGCUAAUCGAGCAAUCUUUGUUAUAUUUAAAAUGUCUAUAUUUUCGACUCUGUUUUUUUAUUUCUGAUAUUGGUUAUAUGAAUAUUAUCUUGUUUUGUGGUAAUUGAGAUUUUGAGUUUUGAGAGUGUACUCUUUGUACUACUGUCUGG